AUGAUCAGAUGGGCUGCUGGAGGGAGUAAGGCUGCCUCUGCCUCGUCCUGCUCCAGGGCUGGGUUAGGGGCUCGUUCUGGUUCUGGAACCAACUCCAGACUAAGGUCAUCAGCACUGUUUUCCUCCCUGUCUUUGCGUCUCCUGUUGGUCCUGGUGCUUUUCUCCUUUUCCCUAUCCGGGGCGGCCUGCCAUCAGCUCCGCAGAGAAAGACUGAGGCUUGCCAACCCGCGAACUCUCAGAGUUCCACUGAACAUCUCGGAGACUGAGCUCGUCUCCAGGCCCAGGGCCACUGGGGGCCCCCUGGGUCGGACUGGGGGACCACAGGGUAGGCAUGUGCGCAGCUACAAUCAUCUCCAAGGGGAUAUACGGAGGAGGAAGCUGUUCUCUUUCCAGAAGUUCUUCCUGAGGAUCGAUAGGAAUGGAACAGUCAGUGGGACCAAGAGCAAGGAUGACCCCCUCAGUAUCCUGGAAAUCACAUCGGUGGACGUGGGAGUGGUGGCCAUCAAAGGGCUGAACAGCAACUACUAUCUGGCUAUCAGCAGGAAAGGAGACCUGUACGGAGCGAAAGAGUUCGGCGUCGACUGCACCCUGAAGGAGCGGAUUGAGGAGAACGGCUAUAACACGUACGCAUCAGCUGAGUGGAGGAACAAGAAGCGGCAGAUGUUUGUGGGUCUGAACGUCCAUGGGAAGCCGCUCAAAGGGAAGAAAACCCGCAGAAAGAACACGGCCACCCACUUCCUUCCAAUUAUGGUGUGAGCUGAAGAACUCGACAGGAGGGGGGAAGAAUAUGCAGCACUGGACAGAGAGGUUUUUGAUACUGAAACGCUGUAAAAUAGAGACAUUCACUGGGAAAUCUCUCAUUUGGAAACAAGGCACUAACACUGUUACACAAAAAUAUGGUCUCUGCUCCUGAACUUUGAUUGAGAUCAUAUUCUUCAUUU